UGACGUUUUGCAUGUAUCUGUCAAACAAUUCAUUGGUAAACGACGCCGGCAAUCGUUUACGCUUAGAAGUUAUAUAUUUUCCGAAAUAGCUCCAAAAAGUAUAAAGUUAUCAGCUCCAAAAUGUCUUUCAAAGGCAAUACCAAGGUCCAAAAGGUGAUGGUUCAACCCAUCAAUCUCAUCUUUCGUUAUCUACAGAAUCGUUCGCGCGUACAAGUAUGGCUAUAUGAAAACGUUUCGCUGCGCAUCGAGGGACACAUUGUUGGUUUCGAUGAAUAUAUGAAUCUGGUGCUGGAUGAUGCUGAGGAAGUUUGGGUGAAGACGCGUACACGCAAGAAUCUUGGACGCAUCAUGCUGAAGGGUGAUAAUAUAACAUUGAUACAGAAUGUAAGCCCGUCAAAAGAUUAAGCGGCGCAACAAAAGUGAGGUUAUGUGCCACAGUAACCGAAAGAGCGCAAUUCUGGGGAAAGUGGCGUUCCCAAAUGUAGGCGACUAGUGGAACAU